AUGGUCCUGUCAGCAAAAGCCCCCACGGCGCACGAUGGUUCUGCGGCCAUCUUUUCUCCGUCCAUGGCUCGUAUCGCUGCCUCAACUGCCAAGGACUGGUCUUACGUAGAUUCCUGGCUUGCCUCCAAGUUUCCUGAUAGCUACACUCUGCCCAGAUUUGAACGCAAUCCCUCAACGCUCAAAGCCUUGCUCGCUGUGGCCAGCAUCAGUGAGCGCGCUGACGACAGUCGUCAUUUACUAGCCGGCGCGGAAAAAAUUGCCCAGGGAGAGGGCAGUCACAUUGAUGGAUAUUUCGAAGAUUUGGCAGAUGACCCGCCCCGUUCUAGAAUGACCUCAGGCAUUCGUGAACAAAUUUUAUCGGCUAUUUCCGCUCACCUCGACCAGGAUGGCAAAGCUGCUCUCGACGCUAUGGGGGACGCAGCCGUACAACAUGGAAUCAGCCUUCCAAAGCUAGAGGAUCUUAGCAAUCAACUGAUUGCUCUACAAACGACUUUGUUUGAAACCUCGCAGGCGAGUUUGAGGGCAGAUUUUUGGAGAAGUUUUCUUUACCGUGAAGCGAAGAGGACUACAGACUGGCUUGCUACUGCGCAGAGCCAGAAUUACAACUUGCCUCCAGAACUAGCCAAGCAGAACUUGGACCUACAGCGGAAAACCAAGGCCUUUAUUGCACAUUUAUCAGAUACACAAGAGCGCAUAGCAACCUGCAUACCGAGCGGAAAGGGCUCCGAUCCAACUAUUCAGCUCGUGACCGAGGAAGAAGAGCAGUUUUUGGCUGUAUUGUCCCAUAAGAAGGAUCUAGAUGCGCAGUUGAUGGUCUUUCAAGGGCUGCCAAGCGAUACAAACAAAGCUAGGGAUGAAGUUGACACACUUCGGCAAAAGCUGAGAGGAUUCACCUCUCGUAGAGACCAAGCAUUCGAAAGCUUAGUGGAACAAGCAAGCCCGGUCAAGCGGCGUCCAUGA